AUGUUCUCAAGCUUUUGGUUAUAUCGUUUCUGGGACGAGAGACCGAGAUUGGAACCAAAUGCAGAUUAUGCAACUAUAGGUGAUAAAAGCGGGGAAAAAGUCUGCUUGCUUUUUUUUCACGAAGGCGAAGGCCCUGAGAAAGUGUUCCUCGAAGUCACGCUUUUUGUGGAUAUCCUCAUCGCCGAAUACGUUCUUCGUGGAAUCGUUCAACGCGAACAACACCUGAAGAGUAAAAUCUUGGCUUUUAGAAAACUAGCCGCGGAUGAGGAUGACGGCAGAGAAGAGGAGCAUCAUCAGGAGCUACAGGAUCUACUGCGGCGAUAUGCCGAGGCCGAGCAUAAGCUCUACAUUGCCGAGACGAGAUUCCCCCUGGAACUUUACAGAAGUCAUACAAUGCCUUACGACAAAAUCCAACUUGGUAUCUUCGUCCAGAGUUAG